AGGCACACUUUUCUGCUCAUUUUCUUCCUGUCAUUCUCUCUCAAUCUUUCUCAGAGCCCUAAUUUCAGCACGGCACUUCUCCACAUCCAUUCGCGCGUCGGCGGAGCGCACCCGGGUGGGAUUUCUUCUUCUUUGCGCUACUUUUACACACUGGCUCUCCUUCCCGUCUGAACUUAUUUGAUAGGUGCAGAAACACCAUGGCCGUACCGGCUGCUCUGAUUCCCCAGUCGUCUCUGGUCCAGCCGUGUCCGAUCUCAACUUCUUCGUCAGCAUCAUCAGCAUCAUCAUCAUCAUGCUCCGCGACCGCAGCAUCAUCAUCCUCGCCCUCGGCCACUUCUGCGUCUCCCUCUCAGUCAGCGACCCAGAAUCUGUUCCGCACGGAUCUGCUCAGCUCCAACACCAGCAGCAUCUCACUGGCCGGCAAGCCCGUGUACUCGACCCCGUCCCCAGUUGAAAACACCCCGCAGAAUAAUGAGUGUCGGAUGGUGGAGCUAAGGGGCGCCAAGGUGGCCUCUUUCACAGUGGACGGACAUGAGCUCAUCUGCUUGCCCCAGGCGUUUGACCUGUUUCUCAAACACCUGGUCGGGGGUCUGCACACCGUCUACACCAAACUUAAGCGGCUGGAGAUCACGCCGGUGGUGUGUAACGUGGAGCAGGUCCGGAUCCUGCGCGGACUGGGGGCCAUCCAGCCCGGUGUCAACCGAUGCAAACUCAUCUCCAGAAAAGACUUCGAGACCCUCUACAACGACUGCACUAAUGCCAGCUCAAGACCCGGGAGGCCUCCGAAACGGACCCAGAGUGUGACAUCGCCGGAGAACCCUCACAUCAUGCCGCACUCUGUGCCAGGCCUCAUGUCGCCGGGAAUCAUUCCCCCCACAGAUUACCUUUGCGGUCAUUUGAUGCUCACUAAAGGUCUCACAGCCGCUGCUGCAGCCGCUGCGGCCGCCACCAACGCUGCUAUUGCAGAGGCCAUGAAGGUGAAGAAGAUCAAACUGGAGGUGAUGAGCAGCUACCAUGGUAGCAACACCCAGCACGGGGCCGACUCAGAGAACGGAGACCUCAGCUCUAGUGUGGGCUUGGAACUGCCGUUUAUGAUGAUGCCCCACCCCCUGAUCCCUGUCAGCCUGCCUCCCGCAUCCGUCACCAUGGCGAUGAGUCAGAUGAACCACCUCAGCACCAUCGCCAAUAUGGCCGCCGCAGCACAGGGACAGAGUGCCCCAUCUCGAAUGGUGACAUCAGUGAUUAAGGAACGGGUCCCCGACAGUCCCUCCCCUGCCCCCUCUCUGGAAGACGGCAGGAGGCCGGGGAGCCGUCCCUCAUCCCAGCGCAGCAGCAGCGUCUCCAGCUCUCCCGCGCACACGGAGAGCUCCUCCGACAGAAUGCCUGUGCAUCAGAAUGGACUGUCGAUGAACCAGGCGUUUUUGGGUCUGUCUCCCAGCAUCCUACCCGGGCCUAAGGAGGGCGACCUGGCAACUCACGACAUUUGCCAUGAGGCAAAAAGAAUGCACCUCGAGAAAGAAGAAACCCCCAUGUGCACGCCGACUGCGAGAGACGGCUAUGAGAGGCUGUCGUUUGCAGGUCAGACUUUACCUCCAGGAUUCCCCUCACCCUUCCUCUUCCCUGAUGGGCUGUCGUCUAUAGAGACCCUUCUGACUAACAUCCAGGGUUUGCUGAAGGUGGCAAUUGAUAACGCCCGCGCUCAGGAGAAACAAGUGCAGCUGGAGAAAACAGAGCUAAAGAUGGAGCUGUUUAGAGAGCGAGAGCUCAGAGAAACCCUGGAGAAACAACUGGCUGUCGAGCAGAAGAACAGAGCGAUCAUUCAGAAGCGAUUGAAGAAGGAGAAGAAAGCGAAGAGGAAAUUGCAGGAGGCACUGGAGUAUGAGUCUAAACGACGAGAGCAGGUGGAGCAGACCCUGAAACAGACAUCACCCACAGAAAGUCUCAGAUCACUCAAUGACUCGUUGACCCAGGAGAUAGAGACUGACCGCAGCAGUGGCAGAACAGAUGCUGAGAGGACAAUACAAGCAGAUGGAAGACUCUUUCUGAAAACCACAGUGAUGUACUAACAGCAUGGUGUUGAAGACUGGCAGCGUGUAUCGUAUGAAGAUUCUCCAGAGUCCCUUCGCAGGGUAAUUUAGUUACAGAAACAGGUCAAUCGCUCGUAGAGGUGCAUCAAGGGUUUAUGCUUGGCCCGAUGUGGAAGACGAAUUGUGUUCGAAUGUAGUAUUACGACUCUUAUUCUCAAUGAUAUAAACGUUAUAUAAUGCCAGAUGUGGGAAUGGAUAUGAUGAGUUGGCGAAGGUGACAAUUUGAGCACAGUAAAAUGUACCAUUUGGUACACUCGAUGAUAAUAUUUACAACAAAUUCACAGCACUGAAGAUUUUUUAUACUGUAUUUAAACCAGCGAAAAAGCUUCGAAAAAUUAAAUCUGAUUCAGAGGUUUUGUUUUGUAUUAAAAAAAGAA